GUCGUCGUGCGUCGUCGAUCGUUCGUGUUCGGUCGCGCGUUAUUCGUGUGUUUGUGAGAGAGAGAGAGAGAGAGAGGGAGAGAGAGAAAGAAAGAAAAAGAAAGAGAGAGAGAGAGAGAGAUAGUAGUCACCCGCCAACAAAUAAGGGAAAGGUACUACUUAAUCGCAUUAGUGGUCCUUUCCCUACAAGUAUUUUCUAUCUCGAUCGUCAAUUUUCUAUUUUAUAUUGACGAAGAGGAGAUAUCGAACGGAAAAAGAGGAAAAAAGAAGAAAGAAAAAUAAGAGAAGGAGAGAAGAAAAGGUCAUCGUUUUUAGAGAAACUGAAAUGGCAUCAGCGGUCUCCUGUCGCGUAAUGUUCCUAGCGAGAUGGUGCGACGUUUCGACACGCGUAUUCACGGUCUCAUCUACGGCUUUAAUUACAUCACGUCAUUUUCGACACGAGACAUGGUGUAAAAGAUGGUGGCACUUUUCGCAAAGGAACAUAUCGAUAACAGCGAGAUCGUUCGAACCGAAUCUAACUACGAUUCUCAUGAAAAAUACUCAAGCUUCGACCGCUACGAAGGACACAAGAGAAAAUACAUCCACGACAUCCGUCACUGAACCAUCUGCUUUCGGAACACGGAGUGACGGAAAAAAGAGAGAAAGAGAUCGAAAGAGUCCAAUAGAGAACUACAACAAGCGGCUUUCCACGCCGUCGACGAGAAUGUUUUUUCAAGUUCGAAACGUUACCGUGACAUAUCAGAGGGGACUGCCAAAUAUUACUUUACCUCUGCCAUCGAGAAAGGAACGCUGCGUAUUCACAUUGAAGCCAAUAACAUGUACCGUCGGUGACUUCCUCGAUAUGAUUAAAUUCGAGGAUCGUGGUGUCGAUCGAGCGAUCGUUACGACGAUAGAUGGUACCCGAAUAGGUUCGAGCAACACCAUAGAAAAUCUUUUGCAAGAUGAUUUUAAAUUAAUAAUAAACGAUGCCGAAUACACGGUACAACCUCCUAUAUAUCAGAAACAUACCAUGGAAGACAUGCAGAAGCUUUCGGACGUGCAAAUAUUGGUGGGCCAACUUUACGAAACCCUACAGGUACGUGAAUACCAUGCCGACAUGGAGAGACAAGUUUUGGCAGAGUUGGAAGCUAUCAAACUGGAGUUAGAACCUUACGAAGAGAAACUGCAGGAGCUGGAAAAUGCAGCUAUGAGAAGAGCGAAUCUCAAUGCUUGGAUAUGGUUAGUGUUGAUGUCCAUGCACGCCGGUGGUUUUGCAAGACUAACGUGGUGGGAAUAUUCAUGGGACAUCAUGGAACCUGUCACUUAUUUCGUUACUUAUGGAACCGCUGUGGGCUGGUUCAUUUAUUUCCUUCUGACGCAGCAGGAAUACGUACUACAGGACGUAGUGAACAGACGGCGUUUGAUAGAACUUCACAAAAGAGCGAAACAGGUCGGACUAGAUUUGAACGCGUACAAUCGAUUGAAGGAUCGUGCAUACGAAUUGGAGGGUACACUGAAAGUGAUUCGUGGUCCUUUAUACGAAAGAAAACUCGAGAUGAAACAAAAGAGAAUAAGAUAUACCUCGAGCAGCUCAAGAUCGCCUAGUUCCUCGCCUAGUCCAAGUCCAAGUCCAAGUCCUAGUCCUAGUCCUGAAAGAGACGUUCCUAGAACGUCAACAGCAAAGAUCGACAAAAGAGAAACAUCGAAGACACUCGAGUACGAUAAGUUUAGAUAAGUUUUUGAUUCCAGUUACGAAUCAAACAGGUCAAUCACCGACGUAAGAACGUCAACGAUUGUUGUUUUUUUGUGAACUGUAAAAAUUAAUCUUAUUGAGGAGGAAGGGGAAGAAGAAGAUGAAGAAGAAAAAGAAGAAAAAGAUUGAAACUAAAGGAAAAGAGAAAAUGGGAGGAAAGAAAAAAGAAAAAAGAUCAAAUACUCCUGAGUGAUUAAUAAACUAGCUCGGUCAAAUUAUCAGGACGAGUACCUCUAGGAAAUUGAGAAGCUGAGUACGAAGAUAUUUACGUGAUUAUUCAAGUCUUUUUUUUUCUUUUUCUUUUUUUAUUUUCUUUUAUAUAUAUAUAUGUGUGUGUGUACGUGUAUGUAUGUAUAUAUAUAUAUAUAUAUAUAUAUAUAUAUAUAUAUAUAAAAGAGAACUUAAUCGACUAGAAUCUUCGUCGCAGUCUUCCGUGUCCGAGCCGUAUAUAUAUUGACGGCGUUCCUCAUCUCAACGACUUUAAUAUAUAAUUAUUAUUAUUAUUAUCAUUAUUAUCAUUAUUAUCAUUAUUAUCAUUAUUAUUAUCAUUAAUAUUAUUAUUACUAUUAUUAUUACUAUUAUUAUUAUUAUUAUUAUUAUUAUUAAGAAGAGGCCUGCACGUUUGCUGCACGGUUGUGAUAGAUUCAAAGGAAAUAAUAAGGAUGAAAAUGAAUAGAAAGAAAUCGUACGCGAUGGUGUCUUCCGUGUUUUUCGUCUUCGCCGUGAUUAAUCUAACUUGUGUAAGUCGAAACGAUUAUGCUGUAAAUUCGCAUAAUCGACGGACUAUUCUUUCACGAUGCAUCGAAAUCUCUAUUAAAUUUAAUCAACCGUAACCGGAAGAUUCGUUUAAUAUUUUAACUUCUAAUUCGAUCGCUGAAACAAGCCAGCUUUUUAAUGUAAUUAUUUUUGUGAAUUUUAUAAAACAUAUAUAUGUGUAUAUGUAUGUGUAUAUCCAUACACAUG